CACACACAACUUUAUCUUAAAUACCGAAAUGCUCACGGUAUCCAUUUGACUAUUAAUUUUAUUUCAAUUCGUUCGUGGUGAAAAUCGACUAAUUUUUUUUAAUUACGUCGGCUUACUUAUAGAUUGAAUAUUUGAGAAUUAACAACUCCAUAUAGUACCGACGAAUAAAAAAUAUUGCUCUCUCGAGGAACAAUGCAGCAUCAACAGGCUCAGCGAUCCACAACAAUCAAGUCACCACGGAUCAAUUAUCCUUUGACAAAAAAAAUGAAUCUCAUUGAAAUGAGCAUGAUGAGCGGCUGUGAAAUUCUGCAGCAUCAAGAGCAGGACAAUCGUCGAUCGACGGCGUCUGACUCGCUGAAUCUCGUCGUUGAUUAUGCAGCAGUCGGCCUCAAUGCCAGUGCUAUAUUUAACAGUAUCAUGAAUAACAAGAGGAACGAAGAGCUGCAGUCGGACAUCGAUGAAAUCGUGCCGACGCUCAUAAUGGACAGCAACGAGCAGUUGAUGCUGCAGGAGCAAUUGUCCUUGGAAGGUAGAUACAUGACUGAAUCGAUAAAAUUUGAUUAUUCAUCCGAUACGGAGGAAAGCUAUUCCAGUGAUAAUGCAACAAAUCGAUGCACUCUGUCUACCGGAGGUCUAUCCUCAAACGAAAUAUUUAACCCUGUCGUUGGCGCUGGUUUAAAAAGGAUCUUUAAAUACUUCGAUUUUGAUUAUAACAGGAAAGAUACUAUUCGGAUAACAGACGUAAAGAAGUACCAUGAUUUGUCUGAAUUUAAUGAAACCAAAAAUCAAUUUUCUCAGUUAGAAAACAAUCAGUUCAAGACAAGGACAUGCGUCGAUCUCGAACAAGCGUCAAAAAAGCGAAAGAAGAACGAACCAAAAAACGUCAGCUGCAUCAAGUGCACCAAAAAAUUUCGAUCCGAAGGGCAUAUGAAAGUCCAUUAUUACUCGCACGAUCCCGAGAACAACUCUGUCGCGGUUGGAUGUCAAAUGUGUGCUCGCAUUUUCUGCCAUCGAGGAGCACUGAACUUGCAUCUCAUGAGAAAACACAAGUUGAGCAUCAGUGAAUUGAAAAACUCAGAUUCAAAAAAUAAUCGACGAUGAUUUUUUUUAAGCCUGAAUAUUAGACGAUAUACGCUACCAAACAUUAACUGGCAAAUUUUUUGAAACGGAGAAACAAUCGUUUAUUUUCAAAACUAUUUUUAGUUUAGUAAUUGAUU